UUUCAACCUUUGCUCAACAUGCCUCCAUUUUAUAGCAAAGGCAAAAAACAAACUUACAGUGACAAUGCUGAAUUAAUGUGAGUUAUAAGGAAGAGGACAUAUUGUUACCCGGGUUUCAGGGACAUACAGACCAGGCUGGCCAGGUAGGACACUUCUAAUGAGUGGACUUUCUCCAAAUGUUAACCUUUUGGGCUGUUUCCAUUUGUCAACAUUGAGAUCAUAUGACGUCCCUGAUUCUCCUAUUGAUCCUUAAGUACUGUGGUUACAGUAAAACAAUAUGUUGGUAUAUUUCUAUAACAUACUAGUAUAAUAACCAAAUGCAAACAACCUUUUGAUCAAUCUCCAUUACAGUAUAUCAGUAAUUAUGUUGACGGCUGUUACGAGAUAUAAUAACAUGAAAGUGGAUGAAUGAGAGAGAAAUUGAUACUUAAAUUAGAUGCAUGCUGCGCCGCCAUGCCCACAUGUUGAUACCCACCGCUUGCUGUUUUGAUCAAAAUAAGGCUAAACCUUUGACAUCAGCUGACUUUUUAGCCAGCGUCUUGAUAAUAAUGUAAACCAUUGUUCAUUCAGGGAGGAUGAUGUGGUGAAGUCCAGUAACAUUACCAAGGAGACGCAGGAAGCUAAAGGUCUGUCAAAUGCAUUAUUCUUCUAUCCCACUAACCUCUAAAGCUAAAGAUAAUAGUUUCCGGUGUAUUUGUUUGUAGAAUUUGCUUGGUUUUAUUGCUGACACUGUGUAGACCUUUUAGCAAAAUGUUAGAAAGGAUUGUGCCUAUUGCCAGUUGCUUUGUUGAUGAUUUAGUGGGAUUAACAGAGCUACAGAUGUGAAACUCAUUAACCCAUAACAGUCUAAGCCCUGUCUAAACCAGGGGAGGGUUCUACUAAGCUAUAUGGAAUUGUUUUAAGAAGGAUCAUUUAGCUAUUGGAUUUGGAAUUUUAAGACCCCUUGAAGUAUAAUUAUUAUUUUUUAUAUGAAAACAUUAUGUGAAGAAAAUGUUUAUUUGGCCUUACUGCUAUUAGCCCAUACAAACGCAUUGAAUAACAGAUUCACUACAUGGAACAACAGUCUCCCCAAAAAUCAAAAGGAAGCUUGUUCUGAAGUUUCUGUCCUAUAUCUGAGAGAUAUAAGAAAGAUCAGGAAACAUUUUGUAAAAUGUUUACAUGUAUUUUAAAUCUUAUUUUUGUCAUGAAACAGUCUCCAUAUAUAAACACUACAUGACCAAACGUAUGUGGACACCUGCUCGUCGAACGUCUCAUUCCAAGAACAUGGGCAUUAAUAUGGAGUUGGUCUCCCCUUUGCUGCUAUAACAGCCUCCACUCUUCUGGGAAGGCUUUCCACUAGAUGUUGGGACAUUGCUGCGGGGACUUGCUUCCAUUCAGCCACAAGAGCAUUAGUGAGGUCGGGCACUGAUGUUGGGCGAUUAGGCCUGGGUCGCAGUCGGCGUUCCAAUUCAUCGCCAAAGGUGUUCGAUGGGGUUGAGGUCAAGGCUCUGUGCAGGCCAGUCAAGUUCUUCCACACCGAUCUCGACAAACCAUUUCUGUAUGGACCUCACUUUGUGAACGGGGGCAUUGUCAUGCUGAAACAGGAAAGGGCCUUCCCCAAACUGUUGCCACAAAGUUGGAAGCACAGAAUAGUCUAGCAUGUCAUUGCAUGCUGUAGUGUUAAGAUUUCCCUUCACUGGAACUAAUGGGCCUAGCCAGAACCAUGAAAAACAGCCCCAGACCAUUAUUCCUUCUCCACCAUACUUUACAUUUGGCACUAUGCAUUGGGGCAGGUAGCGUUCUCCUGGCAUCCGCCAAACCCAGAUUAGUCCAUCUGACUGCCAGAUGGUGAAGCGUGAUUCAUCACUCCAGAGAAUGCGUUUCCACUGCUCCAGAGUCCAAUGGCGGUGAGCUUUACACCACUCCAGCAGACGCUUGGCAUUGCGCAUGGUGAUCUUAGGCUUGUGUGCGGCUGCUCGGCCAUGGAAACCCAUUUCAUGAAGCUCCCAAAGAACAGUUAUUGUGCUGACAUUGCUUUCAUAGGCAGCUUGGAACUCGGUAGUGAAUGUUGCAACCGAGGACAGACGAUUUUCACGUGCUACGCGCGUCAGCACUCGGUGGUCCCAUCAUGUAUGUGAGAGUCUCAUCUUUCCAUCGAGGGGUCAUAAUAGUUUGUAGGCCAAACCGUUCGGACGCUACAGACGGUUUUGUGAGAAGACCGACUUUCGGGAUGUCUCAUGGUCUGACAAACACUGCUCUAUCUCUGUCACCUUUCAGCUCUAGCUCUGUCACCUUUCACCUCUAGCUCUGUCACCUUUCACCUCUAGCUCUGUCACCUUUCACCUCUAGCUCUGUCACCUUUCACCUCUAGCUCUGUCACCUUUCACCUCUAGCUCUGUCACCUUUCACCUCUAGCUCUGUCACCUUUCACCUCUAGCUCUGUCACCUUUCACCUCUAGCUCUGUCACCUUUCACCUCUAGCUCUGUCACCUUUCACCUCUAGCUCUGUCACCUUUCACCUCUAGCUCUGUCACCUUUCACCUCUAGCUCUGUCACCUUUCACCUCUAGCUCUGUCACCUUUCACCUCUAGCUCUGUCACCUUUCACCUCUAGCUCUGUCACCUUUCACCUCUAGCUCUGUCACCUUUCACCUCUAGCUCUGUCACCUUUCACCUCUAUCUCUGUCACCUUUCACCUCUAGCUCUGUCACCUUUCACCUCUAUCUCUGUCACCUUUCACCUCUAGCUCUGUCACCUUUCAGCUCUAGCUCUGUCACCUUUCACCUCUAGCUCUGUCACCUUUCACCUCUAGCUCUGUCACCUUUCACCUCUAGCUCUGUCACCUUUCACCUCUAGCUCUGUCACCUUUCACCUCUAGCUCUGUCACCUUUCACCUCUAGCUCUGUCACCUUUCACCUCUAGCUCUGUCACCUUUCACCUCUAUCUCUGUCACCUUUCACCUCUAGCUCUGUCACCUUUCACCUCUAGCUCUGUCACCUUUCACCUCUAGCUCUGUCACCUUUCACCUCUAGCUCUGUCACCUUUCACCUCUAGCUCUGUCACCUUUCACCUCUAGCUCUGUCACCUUUCACCUCUAGCUCUGUCACCUUUCACCUCUAGCUCUGUCACCUUUCAGCUCUAGCUCUGUCACCUUUCACCUCUAGCUCUGUCACCUUUCACCUCUAGCUCUGUCACCUUUCACCUCUAGCUCUGUCAACUUUCACCUCUAGCUCUGUCACCUUUCACCUCUAGCUCUGUCACCUUUCACCUCUAGCUCUGUCACCUUUCAGCUCUAGCUCUGUCACCUUUCACCUCUAGCUCUGUCACCUUUCACCUCUAGCUCUGUCACCUUUCACCUCUAGCUCUGUCACCUUUCACCUCUAGCUCUGUCACCUUUCACCGCAGAUGCAGAAGUGCGACAUCAGCAGAUGUGGCGGAUUGAGACGCAUACAAAUAUCUCUAGCUUAAACUGACGGAUUGUUAUGGGGAUUUUCUAUUAUGCUAAUUCGAUUUCCAUGGGGGUACGGACAUCGACUCUAGAGGGUUUAAAAGUAAAGAAGUACUUAGAGAAGACCUUACAUACCUGGGGCGGCAGGUAGCUUAGUGGGUAAGAGCGUUGUGUCAGUAACCGAAAGGUCGCUGGUUCUAAUCCCGAGCCGACUAGGUGAAAAAUCUGUCGAUGUGGCACCUAACCCUAAUUGCUCCUGUAAGUCGCUCUGGAUAAGAGCGUCUGCUGUAAAUGUAGACAUCUAUUUUUAAUUAUCAACUGGGUGGUUCGAGCCCUGAAUGCUGAUUGGCUGACAGCCGUGGUAUAUCAGACCGUUUUUACUGCUCUAAUUAUGUUGGUAACCAGUUUAUAAUAGCAAUAAGGCACCUCAGAGGUUUGUGAUAUGUGGCCAAUAUACCACGGCUAAGGGCUGUAUCCAGGCACUCCGCUUUGCGUCGUGCAUAAGAACAGCCCUUAGCUGUGGUAUAUUGUCCAUUACCACACCCCCUCGUGCCUUAUUGCUUAAGUAUACCACCCUAUCCUGAGUAGCAGGCUCCCUGUAUCCAUUGCAUGUGUCUAAAACAUCUGCCUCAUAAACAACCUCCCUCUCUGUCAGCUGUUUUUCAAAUCCCUGUAUGAUCAAAUCAUUUCCUUUAUUCUUGACAAACAAUGGCAUCACUUAGCUCCCACGCAAAAUAUUAUCUGAAACCAAUGACAAAAAUAUCUAUCUGGCACCAUGGAUGAGGACUGUGGGGGAGGAAGGCUUGCUCACCUCACCACAGUGUCACCAGGAGGUCAGACGAAGGACGGCUGUGUGUGUCACUUCCGUACCCAGAGAGGAGAGCGUGGAGUGGGGAAGGAGAGGGAAGAGGGGGACAGGACCUGGGUAACCCAUUACAGAACAGCAAGAUGUGGAAUUGUGCUGGGAGUGUGGAAGAGCGGGACAGGACCUGGGCAACCCAUUACAGAACAGCAAGACGUGGAAUUGUGCUGGGAGUGUGGAGGCGGGCUGGUCAAGGAGCCCCUUGGAACUACUUUCAAAGCCUACCCUUAAACAUAAAGCACACACACACACAGGGCAAAAACGGGUUGAAUCAACAUUGUUUCCACAUCAUUUCAACCAAAACAUUCAAUGUGAUGACGUUGAAUCAAUGUGAAAAACUGAUUGGAUUUGAAAAACGUUAUCAACGUAAGGGAAUUUCUUCUUUUUUUUCACCCAUCUUUUAACCUAAAUCCAAUGACAUGGUGAAAUGUUUUGUUGAUUUUACGUUGAAUUCAGGUUAGUUGACAACUCAACCAAAUGUAAAUGAAAACUAGACUUUGAACUGACGUCUGUGCCCAGUGGGCUAAUACACACACAGCGUCGUGGGCUCUUGGGGUUCCCAUAGCUCCCAGGCAUGUUGUUGUUGUUGUUGUUGUUGUUGUUGUGGCUUUACUGUGCGAGGACAGCAAGAGAUAAAAUAGAUCCCCACUCUGGGCUUUACAGCCAACCAUGCUGAGCUGAAUAGCAGAAGGAGGAGAGGGGAAGAGGCCUAAUGGCAAAGCGACCAGCCAGUAGGCCUCCUCUGUGAAAAAUCAUUCUGGUGCCAAGAGGACUCUGCAAACAGGCCGGGCUCGGAUGAAAAAACAAAGAAGGAGAAAUAUACAGUCAAAGAUCUGAGAAGAACAACAUAAGAGCAAUCUGCAGAACAAAAGCUAUUGUUAAAGUGUGUGAAAGAGCUCUUCAGUCUAUGACUAAACACUAAACUGGUACUUUUGUAUUUGUGAGAACAUGCCAAUAGACAUCUUCUGAAUGUGCAAUGAGUCAGCGGAUCUGUAUAUAACAUCACGAGUCAACACUGCAUGCAAACAAAUGUAAGUUUAGCAAAUUUGCUUACAGAAGAGCAGAGGUCACUGGUUUCAGUUAUGUCAAAAAAAUGGUUUAUGUCUCAACCCGAUUCUGGUGUGUUUUAGGGCCAGUAGUUUUUCCUGGACAGGUCACAUAGCUAUACCUUGUGGGGGGCCUAUGUCAGUAAGGUCAUAUGCCCUAUAUGACCGAUAAGUCAGGUCAUAGUGAAUUACAUUGAAUUUAUUUUGGGUUAUAAAAGUAUAAAACAAGAUGUAGAAUGAAUUCCCAGAGGAUAGCAUGUAAAGUAUUAAUUAAAACACUUGUCUCAAUGCAGUUCUAGUUAUUAUUUCUCAAUGCAGUUCUAGUUAUCUGGUUAUUAUUUCUCAAUGCAGUUGUCUGUCCAUCUGUGAUUCCUACAGGAAGCGGGGGAACCAUGGGGUCCUGGGGCCAUGGCCUGUGUGUGGUUUUGUGUUUCUGGGGAACAGUUAGCGGGAACACGCUUCACAGUCGCACUGUUGGCCCGUGUAAUGUCAAUACUGGCACGGUAAGAAAGACACACAGCUUUCUUCUCUUUUUCUUCCCUUUGUUCAGUUCCAAGCAGUCACGUGAGGAAGCGACUACGGGGAAUUUCCUGUUUGAGACACUUUUCCUGGUUGUUGAUCAUAAGAUAAUGUUACCUCUGGGAGUCAAGUCUGAUUCAUUACAGGAUAUCAACAUAAGAAUUAUGUCAAGAUUGGGGCUCUCUUUGAGCGAAUCGAUUUGUUGUUCACAGCUUGAUUUGUUAAAUAUUAGAUGGUUUUCUUUAUCUUUCGUUUUAAAUUUACAUGGAAUAUUUAUUUAUCAGCACAGUUGCAAAGACUCCUAAUUAAUUAAACACCAGUUUUUUAUAAUUCCCUUUUAAUUCACCAAUAUAGUGGCUUUAGGGAGAUACUUUCGAAAAUCAUAAAGUUUGUUUUAAACACUUCUUGAUUCUUGCUAAAUGGCAACCGCAAAAUGGGAAGGGUUGGCUUGACCAAUCUUGUUCAUCUCUUCCCCAAGGCAUCAUUUAACUGCAGUUGGAGGAAACUGGCCCAUAUUCCAGAGAUAUGGGACAAUGCAACCACACUGGACCUCUCCCAGAACCACCUCAACUUAACUAACCCUCAACACCUCAGACAACUACAGAGGUUGGAUCAUCUGGUUACCCUCAAUCUCUCAGGCAACUACCUCCCUCUGCUGGGGAAAGACAACCUCUGCAGCCUUCCCUCCCUGCAAAUACUAGACCUCAGUAGCUGCCAACUGACCUCCAUAGAGGCUGGAGCUCUGCAGGGUUUACCCAGGUUAGGGAAGCUGUUUUUGGGGAACAACAGACUGCAAGUCCCCCUGUCUGUCUCCACUCGAGAUAUAGUAACUAUAUCCUUCCUGGAUCUCCAUGGGAACCAAGAGCUUGAGCGUGGCUCUGAUGAUUUGUCGACAGGAAUCAGAAGACCAUUUCAUAGAAAACUGUUGACAAAUGACACUGAACAUCCCACCAAAACUCCAACUAACGCAAUGACUACAGCUAAUGGUAAGGAUCUCAUAACAAUUGACUUCUGCCUCAUAUCACCUCAUUUAUAAAUGAUGUACUUAAGAUAUAUCAUAGAAUUAUCAGCUGUCAUAGAAUUAUUUGAUGCUUACUCAAGCGGUCUUGGCUGUUUUAGCUGUGAUGUAAUUCAUAAUAAUGACUUGAAAUGUAAAACCUAUUCCCCUCUCACCUAACAGGCACAGAGUCACCUGGUCAGAGCCGCCCCUCACACAGAUGGCAAUACUUGGUGGCAGUCCUGGUGACGGCCAUCUCCCUCUCCCUCCUCAUCGCCAGCCUGGCCAAAUGCCAGCUGGUCCACCGCUACCUAGCCAGCUACCAACACACCCGUCUGACCGAGCAGGACACAGCCAGCCAGUGUGACCCCAACAGCCUGGAGGUGGGCUUCUCCAUGCACAACCAUGGGGGACAGGCACAGAGCCCCCACCCUGCUGCUGUCCCCCAGGGAGAGAUGGACAUGGAGGAUGAGGAAGAUGAUGAUGAUGAUGGCUUCAUAGAGGAUAACUACAUACAAGCCAGCGAGAGGGAGAGGGCUAAGAGGGCACUUGAACUGGUGGAAGAGGAGGAAGAGGAUGGGACGGAAUUUACCAUUGGC